AUGGAUGCCCAGCGCUCGACUUCCCGGCCCUUGUCCGAGGUGCUGCCACCGCUGAUUUUGGGGACCGCCACUUUUAACCACCAAUACCAUCCCGACCCAUCGCGGAUGCCGUACGCCGACAUUGUACGACGCGCUCUCGACCACAACAUUGCUGCCUUUGACACGUCGCCUUACUACGGCCCUUCCGAGAUUCUUUUGGGCGAGGCGCUGCGUCGCAUUGAGCCGGCGCCGGCGCGCGACUCGUACUUCCUCAUAACCAAAGCCGGGCGCAUUGCGGGUGAUGAGUUUGACUACUCCCCUGCCUGGGUCCGAUACAGCAUAUUUCGAAGCCUCGAACGACUCGGAACCGACCACCUCGAUCUUGUCUAUAUGCAUGAUGUGGAAUUCGUAUCUGCGGCUGAAGUGCUCGGCGCCGUCACCGAGCUGAGACGUCUUCGUGACGAAGGCGUCAUUCGUUACGUCGGCAUCAGCGGAUACCCCGUCGAGACACUGGCUUUCUUGUCGGAGAGGAUCUUGCAGGAAACGUCUGAGCCGAUUGAUGCUGUUUUGUCUUACGGGCAAUUUUGCCUCCAGAACGCUGUGCUUGGGCGGGCAGAGCUCCUGGAUCGAUUUGCGUCGGCCGGCGUCGACUGUAUACUGAAUGCCAGCAUGCUCGGCAUGGGGUUGUUGACCUCGCAGGGCAUCAACAGCCUGCCAAUGGGUGCUUGGCAUCCAGCGCCACUAGAGCUGCGCGAGGCUUGCCAUGGCCUCGCUGCCAUUGCUGCAACAGAGAACAGGCACCUGGAGGAAGUCGCUAUCAGAUGGUCUUUGCGCAACUGGAUCUACCAAGGGUCUAGAUUCGGGACGAAAUGCUACAACAGCAAUACCUGUGGGAAAUUCCCUGCGCGUAUUGGAGCAAGCGUCAUGGGCGUUUCAACAGUGGACCAGUUGGAGGAGACCUGGGAGCUCUGGCAAAGUGUGAUUAAUGAGCAAGGCCAAGAUACUACCAACUCCUUGGUAGAAAAUAGAAUGUGGCCAAGCUUAGGCAGAUGGAAAGACUUCGCAUGGGUAAGCGGCGGGCCAUCCUUUACAAACACUCGCAAGGUUCUGGGCGUUGUCCCAGAUGAUGAUAUUGCGAAACGAUGCGGCCUUUCCACUAGCCAAGUGGUUGGCGAUGCGAAGCUGUAA